AUGGCGGGGGGGAGGCCCUCUGCCUCCCAACCACGCCGCACCGGACCCCCCAAUGCCCAUCGCCCGGCUUGCAGAGUGGACACCCUAUUCGAUAGAGUGGGGAUGGACCUCAUUGGGUCCUUAGAGUGGAGUGCACGGGGUUUUCGGUUUGUGUUGGUGCUGGUUGACUACAGCACGCGGUACCCAGAGGCGGUUCCCUUGCGUAAUAUAACGGCGCACACGGUGGCGGAGGCUUUAUUUAAAAUUUUCACGAGGGUGGGCAUUCCGAAGACAGAUGGGUUGGUGGAACGCUUUAAUCGAACUUUAAAAAAUAUGAUAGCGAAGUUCAUGACUGAUGACCCCAGACACUGGGACCAGCUGUUGGACCCCCUCUUGUUUGCGGUGCGGGAGGUGCCACAGGCCUCCACAGGGUGUUCUCCCUUUGAGCUGCUGUACGGCCGGUGUCCCCGAGGGGUCUUGGAUAUUCAGGCCCAGGAGAGGCAGGCGCGCGCAUACAAGAGGGAGACACAGUUAUGUCACUUCACCCCGGGUGAAAAGGUACUCGUGUUGCUUCCCACCUCGCAGUCUAAAUUGCUUGCCAAGUGGCAAGAACCCUUUCUGGUCACACGGCGCUUUGGGAAGGUCAACUACGAGGUCCUCCGCUCCGACCGAGGUGGCGCACAGCAAAUAUACCAUCUUAACCUCCUGAAGCGCUGGCAGGAGGCCCCUGUUGCCUCCUUGGCCACCACAGUCCCGGUAUGGGAUGAGUUAGGCCCGGAGCUGCCUGACCUGGGCCAAACCCCCCUUCCUGUUCCAGUAGGCCCAGGCCUCACCGAGGCCCAACAACAGGAGGUGGCCCAGGAAGAGCAGGAAUUUGCCGACGUGUUCUCCCCUCUGCCGGGUCGGACGACACUCAUUCAGCACUGGAUUCAGCCCCUUGAAGGGGGCCCGGUGCGUAGCCGGCUGUAUCGUGUCCCUGUCCACAAACAAAAGGUCAUACAGGACGAACUGGACAAAAUGCUACGGUUGGGCAUCAUUGAGGAAUCCCACAGCCAUUGGAACAGCCCUGUGGUUCUGGUCCCUAAGCCGGACGGCUCCAUUUGGUUUUGCGUUGAUUACAGGAGCGUCAACACUGUCACUAAGUUUGAUGCAUACUCCAUGCCCUGGGUGGAUGAGUUGUUGGAUUGGCUGGGUUCUGCUCGCUUCUAUUCGACACUGGAUCUCACCAAAGGCUACUGGCAGAUUCCCUUGUCUCCAGAGUCUAAGGAGAUCUCGGCUUUCUCGACCCCUUUUGGUUUACACCAGUUCGUUACACUCCCGUUCGGUUUGCAUGGGGCCCCAGCCACCUUCCAGCGCCUCAUGGACAGGGUCCUCACACCCCACGCUGGGUAUGCAGCGGCCUACUUUGAUGAUGUUAUCAUUUACAGCCCAGACUGGUCGCAGCACCUGGUCCACUUGAGAGCGGUUCUGCAGGCCCUGAGGGAGGCGGGCCUCACUGCAAACCCAGCGAAGUGUGCGAUUGGAAGGGGAGAGAUAUGGUAUCUGGGGUUCAUCUUGGGGAACGGACAAAUUCGGCCCCAAAUUAACAAACAGCCGCCAUAGCGGCUUGUCCGGUCCCCAAGACAAAACGACAGGUGAGGUCUUUCCUGGGGGUUGCAAAUUAUUAUCGCCAGUUCAUUCCAGGCUUCUCCACCUUGGCCACGCCCCUGACUGACCUCACCCGCCAAGGGGCCCCAGAGCCGGUCCAGUGGAUGGAGCAGUGCCAGCAUGUUUUCCGGAGGAUCAAAGAAACUCUGUGUGGGGGUCCCAUCCUUGCCUGCCCUGACUUUUCUCUUCCCUUUCUCCUGCAGACUGACGCCUCCAAUCAGGGUUUGGGGUCAGUCUUCUCCCAGGAGGUAAACGGGGAGUGGCAGCUUCUGUUGCACCUCGGCCGCAAGCUGACAGCCCCAGAGUGUAAAUACAGCGCCAUCGAAAAGGAGUACCUGGCAAUCAAGUGGGCCUUCCUUUCCCUCCGCAGUAGGGGGAAGAGACCGAG